UUUAAUAUGUAAUGCAUGUGAUAUUAGAGCGUUUGCAAACACCUGUAAGUAGGAACUUACUGUUUACCUCGGCGUCUGUUAUGCCACGUGACCUCCCGAAGCCUCCUGCGUUCUCUGCGUUUGCCGAAGAGCGACUCCACCGCUAUAAGCAAGCAAGCGCUGCGCUUUCCGCCGCUGCAAAAAAAUGGCACUAAUCUCCAUUGAAGACCUCGCCGAAUUGGAAGACGAGCAUCUGGAUGAUGUCACAGAUAAUUCUGAGCCAAUGGAGGACAAUGAGGAGGAGAGGCUGUAUGCCCAUUGGCAGGCUGUGGCCAGCACGCAUCAGGUUUCCGUCCCCCGAGAAAUGAUCGGACCAAUUCAGGAGAUGACAAGAAGGAACCAGGCAGGAAGCAACCAUGAGGAAGUUCCAUCUGUAACCCUGUCUAGGCGUGAAAAGCUGGGGGAGAGUGUGUAUGAAGAGAGGAUCUACCCACCAGGAAAGUGGGCGUGCAUCACUAGGGCGGAGAAGCUGUACGAGCAGAGCAUCUCCAUGGGCUUCAUGAAACUCAUGCGCUACAUCUGCAAAGAGAAUUCCACAGGGUCUUACCUGGGUAUGACUCUGCCUAUUGUGACUGAAAUCCAAAUGCUAGAGGACAGGAAUGGAUUUCUCAAGGAAGUUGUGACUGCUUACUACCUGCCAGCAGCAUUACAGGAUGAGCCACCGGAACCUGCAGAUCCUGACAUUCAUAUAGUCCACAGAGACACUCUGCGAGUUUUCACCAGGGGUUUCCGUGGAACAACUACAGAGGAAACUAUCAUGAAUCAGGUGAACCAACUGUGGGAGCUGCUGGAAGACACAGAAGGCCUGCGGAGGGACACCUACAUGGUGGCCGUCUACGAGAACCCCGGGGUUUCCUGCCGCAGGAAUGAGAUCUGGUUCAUUCGCCGGGAGCAAUAGACACCUACACCAACGAUAGCUAAUUUCCCCUACCCAUCAUGCACCAGCACAUUGCAAAACACACAGCAAGAUUUAUGUAGAGUCAA